AUGAUUGCCUGGUCGGUCGAAUUAUCUGAGUUCGGCCUCAAGUAUGAACCAAGAGGAUCUGUCAAAGGACAGCAUUUGGCAGAUUUCGCAGCCGAACUCAAUAGACUGACCCAUCCGUCGGGGCAAACGUGGGUUCUCUUCGUUGACGGGUCAUCGGACAAACGCAAUGCUGGAGCAGGAAUCGUCAUUGAAGGACCGGGCGGCUUCACGGUUGAGCACUCCCUACAGUUCAAGUUUAAAGCAUCGAACAACCAAGCAGAGUAUGAAGCGCUAAUUGUUAGGCUAAGGCUAGCGAAGGACUUGGGCGCAAUGAGAUUAAAGUGCAACACAGAUUCGAAGCUCGUGGUCGGGCAGGUGCAGGGGGAAUAUCAGGAUAAGGAUGACCUGUUGCUGCAGUACUAUCACAAGGUGGUUGAGGCCAUGAAGGAGUUUGAAGAAAUUACCAUCCACCAUAUCCCCCGAGCGGAAAAUGCCAAAGCCGAUAGGCUAUCCAAACUAGCAGAAGGAAAAGAGAAGGGACAGCUGAAAACCGUCAUAAGGCAAAUCCUGAUGAGACCCUCAGCAGGAGAAUGCGCAGCAGCAGACCGGUCGGCAGAUUGGAUGUGGGAGGUGCGAGAACUCCUGAGAAGGUGUGACGCGGGAGAAGAAGUAAAACCGAUGGAGAGACAACGAGCACUCCGAUUUGUUGUCAUUGGAGAAGAUCUAUAUAAGAGGGGCUUCACAGCGCCGCUCCUCAAUUGCCUAUCGGGAGAAGAAGCCGAGUAUGUCAUGAACGAAGUCCACAAUGGCAUUUGCGGUAUGCACACCGGUCGGAGAACGAUGGAAGCAAGGAUACUCCGGGCGGGUUAUUAUUGGCCGACCAUGGAACAGGACUGCGAAGUCAUGAUAUGCAAAUGCGAAGGUUGUCAAGCCCAUGGAAACGACAUUAAGAGGGCUCCGACCGAGCUACAUAGCCUGACAGCCCCUUGGCCGUUCGCACAGUGGGGUAUGGACAUCGUUGGGCCUUUCCCUGUCGGCCGAGCGCAAAAGAAGUUCAUACUGGUCGCGGUGGACUAUUUCACCAAAUGGGUCGAAGUAGAGGCCCUGGCCAACAUCACCGCUCGGCAGGUGCAUUCGUUCGUUUGGCAAAACAUUGUCUGCCGCUUCGGCCUUCCCCACACCAUCAUCACCGACAACGGCCGUCAGUUUAUCGACAAGAAGCUAAAGGACUUUUAUAAGCAAGUGGGGAUACGCCACGUAACCAGCUCGAUCGAGCAUCCCCAGACCAAUGGCCAGGCGGAGGCCAUGAACAAGGUCAUAGUGGCGGAGUUGAAGAAAAGGUUGGGGGAAGCCAAGAGAGCAUGGGUGGAUGAACUGCCGUAG